CACUCGGAUUGUAGGCAACAGUUUACUUCCUGGGAUUAGUGACGUAGAUAAGACCAACAUUAUCAUAGUUCAGCCCUCUCUGCUUUGCUUGGGUACGCCCUCAAAGACGAGGGUGGGGAGCGCCGAGUCAGAAGAGAGCUAAAAUGGCGGAGGUUGGGAGUCCCUGCUUUGACUCUGUUUGCAAACUCUUGUUUCAUCGUUUAAGCGAUUAAAUCUCUCGAGUAGACGCUGUCUCUUUAGAUGCGAGGGCAAAAUAGCACUUUAUGGACUUCCACAGAGGACAUCAUGUUUAAUACGGUUCCGGAAAAAUCCAGUCAGAAGUUGUUCACGGAGUUUUCACAAUAACUGCUUCUCAUGAACCGAAGCUGGACGUCUCCUCCUGAAAGUUGGAUUACUGUGCACUUCUGGAUCACAGGCUAUUCGCAGCUGGACACAUCCUUCUACACUGUAUGCAAACAUGCAACAUCAUAACACACAGUACAAGGAGUCAGACUGGCAUAUGAGGAGCAAAGAUCGGGAAGCUGUGAAGGAGGUGCUGCCCGGCCUUCGCAGAGUCAGCGUGCCUCACAUCACCCUGACCACAGACACUCGUAGGCGGCCGAGGCGUACUGCGAGCCAGCACCCGUCUGGAUGCAGCUUCACGGACCGCGUUCAGGCGAACGGAGACGCCAUCGGCCAGCAUGAACACGGUAAGACUCCGCUUGUCAUUGUAACCUGCACUACUUGCCACAUGUACAGUUUAGCUUCUUCCGUCAGCAUAGAGGGGUUUACAUGUGCUAAGUGUAUUGAAGUAGUAAGGCUGACGGAGAAGGUUGCUGAACUAGAAGCGCGCAUCCGAACGCUAGUUGAGGACAGUAAGACCGCUAAUGUUAUUGUUACAAACACUGUUUCGGGUGCGCCUAGUGUUAAGCGUAAUACACAUGGCUCGGUUCCGACUUCAGAGUCAAGGCGGCUGACUAACUGGGUGACUGUCAGGCGGCAUAGUCACAUUCGGCACCCAAAUCACGCUCCUGUUUUAAUAUCAAACAGAUUUUCUCCACUCAGCAAUACACCGGCUGAGACGUCUGUUAAAAGUGCCCUGGUUAUUGGAGAUUCUAUACUCAGGAACGUUGACAUUGAGGCACCAGCCACCAUAGUCGAUUGUAUACCGGGAGCCAGAGCGUCUGACAUUAGAUCCAAAUUAAAAGUGCUGGCUAAUGCUAAACGUAAGUUUUCUAAGAUUGUUAUUCACGCCGGCACGAAUGACACCAGACUCCGCCAGUCGGAGAUCACCAAAGAUACUAUUAAAGAGGUGUGUGAAAUUGCAAAAACAAUGUCAGACAAUGUAAUUUGCUCUGGUCCCCUCCCCGCCUACCGGGGAGAUGAAACUUACAGUAGAUUAGUGUCUCUUCAUGGCUGGAUGUCAAAGUGGUGCCCUCAGCAUAACGUAGGGUUUAUAGACAAUUGGAAGCAUUUCCGGGGAAGACCUGACCUGCUAAAGAGAGAUGGCCUCCAUCCGUCUCCGGAAGGUAGUGCUAUACUCUCUAGAAAUCUGACCAAUAGUCUUACUUUUGAUAUAGUCUGACUAUCCAGGGCCCAGGUCAGGAAACAGACAGAUCGGCUUACCCAUCAGUCUGUUAGCUGCCUUGACAUGUCAAGAUCACAUAUAUCCCAGCACAUAGAGCCUUUUUUACCAGAGUACCAACACAUCUCGACUGUGUCUGUUCCUCGAACAAAUAAAUACAGAGCACCGUCUACCUCGUCUCGUACAAAUCUUAUUAACAUAAAAUUAGAACACAAUACACUAAAAGAUGAAACUCAAAUGUUAAAAUUCGGCCUUCUUAACAUUAGAUCGCUUACCAAUAAAGAACCUAUUAUCAAUGAAAUAAUUACUGACCAAAACUUAGAUGCACUCUGUUUAACAGAGACCUGGCUUAAAGCAGACGAUUACAUCAGUUUAAACGAAUCCACCCCACAAGACUAUUAUUAUAAACACGUUCCUCGCCUAAAAGGGAGAGGGGGUGGUGUAGCUACAAUAUACAACAAAAUGUUCAAAGUAAACCAUAAAUCAGAACUAAAAUUUAAUUUGUUUGAAAUAAUACUGUUAAACAUGGAAAUAACUGAUCGUAACAACAAACAGCUUUCGUUCAUUUUAGCUACCAUAUAUAGGCCUCCGGGCCACCACACAGAUUUUCUUAAAGAAAUAGCAGACUUCCUAUCUGAGCUUACAGUCACUGUAGACAAAGCUCUUAUCGUUGGUGAUUUUAACAUCCAUGUGGAUAACUCAAAAGAUGCAUUAGGACGUGCGUUUAUGGAUGUUCUAAAUUCUCUCGGUAUUAAACAAAACGUGUCUGGACCCACGCAUACUCGUAAGCACACAUUAGACUUAAUUCUGUCACUCGGACUCAAUAUUAAUGACAUCGAAAUAUCACCCCAGACCGAUGCCGUUUCAGACCAUUGCCUUGUGUCAUACACAAUACUUCUAGAUAGGACCGCUCAGUCUACAACAUGCUACAGAUUAGCCAGAACAAUAAUUUCCACCACUAAAGAUAGCUUUU